UGGAGACGUGUCGAUAGUUGACCGCGCAACGUGGGGCACGCCAUGUGGAAACGAGCUGCGGUGGUGUUGUUUGCUCUGACGAUUGGGCCUCAAUGCGUCACAGCCGCCUCUUUGCGGUUUUCCGGAGCCUGGAAGGAUGGUCGGCCUCGCCAGCUUUCAACUUGUCAGAGGGACAAGAUCUCUAGCCAGGUGGGCGACAUCUACGAGCUGCUAAAGCAAAAAGGGCGGAGCAUUCGUUUCCAGGUGGCCUCCUCACUGCCGAUGAUCGCCGGGAUCUACGCCGGCCUGGUGCGGAAACUUUUACGAGACAAACCCAAUGCGAGAGUCGUGAUCCUGACCCCAGAGAUCGAACGUGCCGAAGAGAUUCGCCGGGCCUUCUUGCAGGAGCAAGAACUGCCCGAGCCGACCUUGAUAUUUUAUACAGCAGCAUCAGCAACAAAGCGUCAAACCUCAGACAACGUGAUCAUUUGCGUGAAUAAAAGCAGCCGUAUGCUUGAAGGACAACACUUUCUGAUGAAAAUCCAGGACGAGGCACUGCAGCGGCCCAGUUGGACCAUGCAGAAUCUCAAAAAGGUUUCUGCGGAGUUUGUUGGUGAGUUCUCCUUUUCGUUUGGCUCGGCAAAGGUUGACUACAUGUAUUCACUCCAGGAGGCCUGCUUUGAAGGUCACAUUCCAGCGGUUCAUUGCUUUGUUUUGCCAUUGGCUGAAGAUGACGCCCAGCAAUUUUGCGGGUUAGCGCAGCUGAUUCAAAGCAAGGAAAUGGAGUGGUCACCAAUGCUUGUCUCCUUCCCCGCACUGCCUGCAGCGUCAAAUUUUAGUCAACGUCUCCAAAAGCUGGGUGUGUCUGCAGAGGCCAUCACCUGUCCAAGAAGUCAGAAAUAUCAAACGAAGCGAAAUGAAGUGAUGCAGCGUUUGGAGGAGAAGAAACUUAGCGUGGUGUGCAUGGCUAGAGGAGGUCCUUCGGACUUUGCGGUGAAGGGGCUGGAAACAGUGAUUUUGGCCUCAAGGGGGUCCCGUCCAGAACGAAGGCCGAAGUCCCUACGUUAUUUGCAAAUGAUGGUGCAAGCCCAAAAGGAUUUCAGACCCAGGCCGAUGAAGCUCUUUGAAACCAUUUGCAGUGAUCAACCUGAACGUCAGAUCCAAGAAUAUUUGGAUCAUUUCGGGGCCUUGGAGCCGAAUGAAAGCCCAAUAGGCGAACCACAGGUCUAUGUCGGGGUGUUGUUGCCUGAAAGAAGGAAGCAUGAUGCUUAAUGGGAAGAGAAUCGCACAUUGAUUUGAGAUGGUGCGCCGAUGUGGUCCGCCAUUUGCCGAGGUUGGUCAGAGUCUUCUGCGUUUGAUUAUGCAAUGUAUUUGUCGGACUGAUGCAGAGCUUGUAUCGUGGCUGGACCCAGAGCUAGGUGGAAGAUGGCACACAGAUCCUUGGAUAUGAUUUGAAUCCAUCAUUGGUUUUGCCAUGCCUCGCAUGUGCAUCUGAAAGAGACAGCAAAUUGGUGGCCGGUAAGGUUGGUCACUCUUGAAGUUUUCAUUUUGCCACUGAGACUUUCAUGUACCAGUUUGCACCGCUUUUUGUCGGGUUUUU